AUGGAUUUCUCGACGUUCGUCAACCCGGCUGACCUGACCUUCGACGGCUCUGCCCAGCAGCCCUUCGCUGCCAACGCCCCCCAGUUCGAGCCCUUUGACUUUUCUGCCCCCGCCGAGGAGGAGCUGGUACAUAAGCACAAGGACUCUGCCGUCGACCUGACUAAACUCCACCAGUUCCAACAAGAGCCGGAUUAUCCCUCCACAAGAGCGAAGCGGGUCAAGAUUGAGCCUGCCGUAUUCGACGCAUUCCUCGACAACUACUCCUCGGAAUCCAACACGCCCUCCCCUGCUGCUGACUUCGACUUUGUCUACAGCACUGCCAACUCACCUGGAGAGUUCGUGCGCGAAGAGAGCCGCACCUCCUCGCCUGAAGUCUCCAACGACAUGUCGGCCUACACUCCUGGCACCGCACCCUCCGCCUACGGGUACCAGUCCCCGGAAGCAAUCCACAUUCCUCAACAAGAAGACAGCCUCGUAAUGAAGGUCUCCAUGGACCGGACAAAGACACGUGCCGAGACCCAGACAAAAGUCACCAUGAUCCUAGACUCUCUUCCAGAAUCCUAUGAAUGGGCCCGCUUCGCCCGUCAGACCAUCUCAAAGCCUAAGCAACUGGCAACUGCAGAUGAGAUCCGAGAAAACUACAAGAAGGGCGGUGCCGUCUCCAUAGACUUCACCCUUGUCUGUGCCGUUGCGGUGGAGGAUCCAAAGGACCUGGAUGUUGCUCUCGCACGCGCUAGAGGCGAGGGUGCAUUCCCGAUGAGACUUCCACGUGUCGAUGUCUCCGAGAUGGAGAAGGACGACCCUGCGCAUCCGCAGAACGGCGGAGCGGUGAUCAUCUGCAACGGAUGCCAAGAACGCGAGAGGAAGCGAUUCGGCCGCAAGAAGAAGCGCAACGAAGAAGAGGAAGAAGAGUGGAGCACAUACGACGACAAGCGCAUCAUCAUCGUCAACGAGAAGGAGUUCAAGCGCUUAGCAGAUGCCGAUGCAGCUGAGAGCAAAUGGGCACCCGGCGCCAAGAAGGUCGAUUUCUCCAUGCGCAUUGCAUGUUACUGCAGGCACCAGGAGUCAAAGACACCGGUUGGCUACCGAGUUAUUUUCACAGUCAGGGGCACGAACGGGGAGCUGCUCACCCAAAGUUUGUCUGACAUUCUCCAAGUCACCGAUGAUCACAAGAACAAGGAGACUCCUCAGGCCGAGUUAUUGUCGCCGUCCCUCACUCUACCAACCUCCAUGUCUGCUCAAAGCCAGCAGUUCCAACAAUACCCAGUAUACUCGCAGUACCCAAUGUCGACGCAGUUCAACUUCACGGCGCCACCCCCCACGCCCCAUGCAGUUGCUCCCCAGCAACUCACUCAGACGCUGAAUAGGGUAGUCAAUCCUCAACAGACACUUCAGACGCUUCGUCACCCUGUCACAGCUCAGCAGUCACAUCCUCUACCCAGUUACGCUGUUGCCCCUCAGCAAACACCGCAAUCGAUGAACUUCAACAUUCCCCCACAGCAGCCCCCUCAGAUCAAUACCCAAUUCUCGCCACAGGAUCAGGGGUUCUACGAAUUCGGCAGCUGGCAAACAUAG